CGGGGCUCUGGCCGCCGCGGUGGUUGUGGCGGCUCAUUCGUAAAUGCCGCGGCUACUCGAUGGUGACUGUAUCAUUGGUUGGAGUGGUCUGAACCGCUGGCUCUUCGUGGAACGGUGCUGAAAGUCAGUAGGUGUUCUGGAUUUUCCAGUGUUUAAAAGGAUCUUUAGACGGAAAUGUUCCUGAUGCCAACCUCUUCAGAAUUAAACAGUGGGCAGAACUUCCUAACCCAGUGGAUGACCAGUCCUCGGGCUGGGGUCAUAUUGAAUCGAGGAUUUCCUACUUUGGAAGACGAGAAACAAGCAGUUACAAAUGUCUCUUCCAGCUUCCCGGUUAAAGCCACCCGCUUUUCCAACAGCUUCAGCAUUAGUAGUGAAGAGGGUUCAUUCCAGGAAGAAGAGAAGCUGGAGGCUGGAGGACUUUAUAAACUACAGUCAGAAAACUCCGAAGCCUAUGCAGUCUUUCCUCCAGUUAAAAAGGAACCAAUGGUGUCAUGUCAGGAUGCCCCUGGGUACCAGGAAGAUAACAAAAACGACUUUAUGCCUGAUCUUGCGAGUGAACUCAAAGAAGUGGCUAAUAAGAACCUGCUUUUUAAAAAACUGGAACAGCUGAAAGAAGUACAGCAGAAGAAGCAGGAGCAGCUGAAGAGGCAGCAGCUGGAACAGCUGCAGAGGCUCAUGGAGGAGCAGGAGAAGCUGCUCCUCAUGGUAUCUGGGCAGCACAUGCUUCCAGGUACACUACUGCCUGAUGACCAGAGCCAGAAGUAUAGAUCUCCAGGAAGUUUAGCCUUGGGAGAGAAAGCCACUCCCUUCCUGCCAUCACAUAGCUACGCAAAUCCAACCCAAGAAAACCCGCAUGCUUCCAACAUUUUACCUGAUGAACAAAGCAAUUUCUGUAGAGCUACUCAUCAAGAUUCUGUCUUAACUUCAAAAAAUGCUUCUGAUGUGUUUGAUGAGUCCCCAUAUCCAGAAGCACAUGUGAGAAUAACUGACUUAAAGGAAGAAAACCGUGACCAUCCUUCAGCAAUGAGACAGAUUCCUGCCAGAGAAUUGGUCUCAUCGAUGGUAGCCAACUCCUGGAGCUCACUUGGCUUUUCUGAUGGAUUUUCCCUACCUUCUGUCUUCUGUGUGCAAGGUGUUUUGCCAUGUUGGGAAAAGAGGAUGGGGAAGAGUCAGGAAGGGAAGGAUAUGAACUUACAAAAAAGUGGAGAUUCCUCAGAAGUGGUUAAUGUUGAAGAAAGGCCUAUCAAAGCUGCCAUUAGAGAAAAGAAGCAGACAUUUGAGGACUUUGUAGAAGAGCAGAUGCGGCUGGAAGAGCAAGAGCUGAAAGAGAAGCGGCUGCGGGAAGCAGAAGGACCAUUGCUAAUGAAAGCAAAACCCAAGCAACCAUUUUUAAAACGAGGAGAAGGUUUAGCUAGGUUUACUAAUGCUAAAUCCAAGUUUCAGAAAGGGAAAGAAAGUAAACUAGUGAAUAACAGCCAGAGCCCACCAGAGGACCAGUCAGUAUGUAAAGCAGACAGACAACACUUGCAGAGGAAAACUGCUCUCAUAAAUAAAGACCUGUGUGCAGAGACCCCCACUGUUAAAAGAGACAGUAAAGCUAGAACCAAGGCUGGCUCUGCCUCACUCAGUCAGAAAUCGAAAGUGACUAAGAUCAAUAUGAGGGAAAGUCUCUCUCCACCAGGACUGAAAGUACAGAUGGGGAAGAAAUGUGAUGGACAAUUUAGACACCAGGUCAAAUUAGAAAGAAAUGCACAAGCUAAUAAUAAGGAAAAUGUGCCUGUAUGUGUAAAGCCCUGUGAUUCUGGUUGCAAGGUGUGGAACAAGACACGGGGCAGAGAGAGACUUCCUCUUUCCACAGAGCCAGUUGACUGUGUGGCUUCUAAGAGCCUGAUGAAUGAGACAGUGAAAGAGACAGAAUCGUCCCUUGACAUUUCUCUUCAGAAAAAAUUAGAGAAUUGGGAACGAGAAAAAGAAAAGGAAAACUUGGAAUUAGAUGAAUUUUUAUUUUUGGAACGGGCUGCUGAUGAAAUAUCUUUUUCUAGUAAUUCCUCAUUUGUAUUAAAAAUCUUAGAAAGGGAUCAGCAGAUCUACAAAGGUCACAGGAUGUCGUCUACUCCUGUCAAAGCUGGGCAGCAGGAGAAGGCGCAUCAGAUGGAUCCCAGUGGGCAGAGUAACCGCAGUGAGGGUCCCCACCAGAGUGCUGCAUGUGAAAGGAAGAGUGAGGCCAUACUCCUGUCACUGGGUCCAGGGUCCUCACCCGAUGGUUUGAGGGAACUGUCCUGUAAGAUCAGUAAGAAAGCCUUCCCAACCAGCCCUUCUGACGGUCAGGGCCGAUGGGAUGCAAGCGAUGACGACAUGGUCAACAGUGCCAGUAGCUCUGAUUCUGAGGAGCAGCAUGAUGUUACCCUAAAACCAUCCACUGAGGCUGCGGAGAGGGUCUUCAGCAACAAAGAGGAUAGUCCACAAGUCUGCAGUGCUAAAGGACCUUUUAGGGACACCGGGACUCAAGAAGAUAAAUGGAGAGAUGCUGAUCUGGAUCUGUCUGAUAAAGAAUAUAGCAGCGAAGAGUCUGUCAUAGUUGAAAGCCUGAAAAAUAAAGUAUCUGAGCCAUCAAGAUUCCCCUUAUCUCAAGAUGUGAAUAAAAUUGACUUUGAUGAUGAAAGAUCUUGGACAGACCUUGAGGAGAAUUCAUACAAGCAUAAUGUUAUUCUCAGAGAUGAAGCCAUAUAUGGUACCCACCAGACACAGUACCCCAUUAAGAGUGAAGUAUGUAUUCUGGACAAAACAAUAAAAAGGAAGGUUGCUCCAGUCAAGAAAGGAGAAGACUUCAGCAAGUCCGACAGGAGCAGAAGCCCCCCUCCUCCAUCUGACUUGAUGAUGAAAUUCUUCCCUUCUUUGAAACCAAAGCCCAAAUUAGAUUCACACUUGGAAAAUGAACCCAAAUUAAACAUGAGUCAAGACCAACCACCAGGUGACAGUGUUCGAUCUCAGGUUUUGAGAGAGAAAGUUAUUGAACUGGAAUCAGAAAUAGAAAAAUUUAAAGCCGAGAACACAUCUUUAGCUAAACUUCGAAUUGAACGGGAAAGUGCCUUGGAAAAACUGAGGAGAGAAAUUGCUGACUUUGAGCAACAAAAGGCAAGAGAACUGGCUCGAAUAGAAGAGUACAGGAAGGAGGAGACACGGAAACUGCAGAAGGAACGCAAAGUCUUUGAAAAGUACACAGCAGCUGCAAGGACAUUUCCAGACAAAAAGGAGCGUGAAGAGAUACAGGCUUUGAAACAGCAAAUAACAGAUUUACAGGAAGAUUUGAAAAGAAAGGAGACAAAAUGGUCAAGUGCACAUGGUCGCCUCAGAAGCCAGAUAGAAAUGCUAGUCAAAGAGAAUACAGACCUCCGAGAAGAGAUAAAGGUAAUGGAAAGGUUCCGACUGGAUGCCUGGAAGAGAGCAGAAGCCAUUGAGAGCAGUCCCAAGGCCUGCCAGCAUAUGACAGCUACAAAAAAGGAUGACUGCAUGAACUCAUCUAUUCAAUUUCAAAAGAGUCAUGUUUCUUCUGGAGCCCCAGUAGAAAAAUAUAAGAAAAAGUAUUUGCCAGCACAAGGGAAUCCAUCUCGAAGAUCCAAGUCUAUGCCUCCUCGUGAUUUAGGCAGCUCGGAUAAAGGACAAGCUGCCUUGCCCAGAGAGCCUCGUGAACCAGUGAACUUCCCAGAUCUUGAAUAUAAAAAAAAAGAGGAAAAAGAGGAAGAAAUUCAGGGAGAAAUCAAUCAUCCUGAUGGAAAGGUAGAAAUGGUUUAUAAAAAUGGGUGCCGAGUUAUACUGUUUCCCAAUGGAACUCGGAAAGAAGUGAGUGCAGAUGGGAAGAGCAUCACCGUUACAUUUUUUAAUGGAGAUGUGAAGCAGGUCAUGCCAGAUGAGAGAGUGGUCUACUACUAUGCUGCUGCCCAGACCACUCACACCACAUACCCGGAAGGCCUUGAAGUCUUACAUUUCUCAAGUGGACAAAUAGAAAAGCAUUUCCCAGAUGGAAGAAAAGAAAUCACAUUUCCUGACCAAACCAUUAAGAAUUUAUUUGCUGAUGGUCAAGAAGAGAGCAUCUUUCCAGAUGGCACAAUUGUCCGAGUGCAACGUGAUGGCAACAAAAUCAUAGAGUUUAAUAAUGGCCAAAGAGAGCUCCAUACUGCCCAGUUCAAGAGACGAGAGUAUCCAGAUGGGACUGUUAAAACUGUCUAUGCAAACGGUCAUCAAGAGACAAAGUAUACAUCUGGCCGAGUUAGAGUGAAGGACAAAGAUGGUAAUGUUCUAAUGGACACAGAAUUGUAAAGAUCUUCGUGGGAUUAAUCAUGAACUAACACUAAGUGGUUUUUCUGUUCAGAGUACGUACGUUUCUUGUGUGUUCAGUUGUUUAAUUUAUAGUGUGUGUGUGUGUGUGUGUGUGUGUGUGUGUGUGUGUGUGUGUGUAUGUGUCUAAAUGUAAAAGAUUAUGUUUGAUUUUUAAAAUUAAAGUUUUACCACACAGUU